UCAAUAGAAAAUAUUAUUUGGUUUACGUCUCAAACACGUAUUGGGCGUUGCGAAACAUGGACUACAAAGCGGGACUUUUGGUGUUCAUCACCCUCCUGAUUGGAAGCUUGGCCUUCCCAACACCUGAAGAUGCCCUCUUCGAAGAAAAUGAAUUGUCUAUCUUUUUCGAUCAAACCGACGUCAAUGCUCGUGUUGUCGGUGGUACCCAGUCAGCAAGUGGUGGCCAUCCUCACAUGGUAGCAAUGACCUCUGGAGCAAUUGUGAGGAGUUUUCACUGCGGAGCCUCUUUGAUCACCCAGCGCACUGUCCUCACUGCUGCUCACUGCAUUGAUGCUGUAUUUAGGGAUGGCGCUCUCGUUAGCACAUUUCGGCUAAAUAUUGGCUCCAAUCUCUGGAACGGCGGAACCGACUACGUUGUGGCUCGCAAUGUCACCCAUCCGAACUGGUACAGGCCAACAAUUAAGGAAGACAUCGGUGUUCUCAUCACCGCCAUCAACGUAGCUCUUAGCAACCUGGUGCAACCAGUACCUCUCACUUAUGACUACAUUGGUGGAGAAGUUCCAUCUAUAGUUGCUGGUUGGGGCAGAGUCAGGGCUGGUGGUGCUAUUUCUCAUCAAUUGCUGGAACUCAGAACCAGGACUUUAGACGGUGCAGACUGCAUGAUCCACGCCGCUCGUGCUGCUAUUGCGCUGAAUAGUUUAAACUCUCCUCCUGUUGAUCCUCGAUGCGAAGUCUGUGCCUAUCAUUCAACUGGAUUUGGUGUUUGCAAUGGUGACUCUGGCAGUGCUCUGCGUCGCGCUCUUGAUGGUCAUCAGUUCGGUAUCGUCUCCUGGGGUUUCCCAUGUGCUCUUGGUGCUCCUGACAUGUACGUCAGGGUCAGUUACUACCAGAAUUGGUUGAGAUCCGUCAUCGUGUAGGAAGAGAACUUUGAACUGAUCGAUAGACCAAUGUGGUUGACUGUAAAUACCUGUUGACUAUUUAUAAAAUAAUAUUUAUUUUUCAAUA